AUGGAGGAGGACUGGAGCAAGCAGCUCAGACCACACCCUGACGCCAAUGGCGCUGAAAUCCUCCGCCGAGAGCGACAGCGAUCAUCAAUCAAUGUCGACGCUUUGUCGCAGCACAUCUUCGGCGAUGAGUACCUGUCUCGGCAGGCUCGCAUAACCGCCAUAUUAUCCCGCGAGAAGAUCUAUGACAAGACACAGCAAGCCAACUUGAGCCGACCAGAUCGCUACCUGCUAGGCUUGGCACGAGGCAAACGAAUGAGGCAGCUCAUGGACGAGCAUAGAUGGGAUAACGAUGACCUUUUGAUGGCAGAGUAUUUGAUAGACGAUAUUCUGCCGUAUCACCUGCACAUCAGCUUGUUCCAGGCGGCGAUGCGGGAGCAGUGCUCAAUCGAGCAGGCUGCCUACUGGAUCCCCAAGGUGGACAAGUGGCAGAUCGUUGGAGCUUAUGCACAGACCGAAUUGGGUCACGGCAGUAACAUCAGAGGAAUCGAGUGCGAAGCGCGAUGGGACCAGGAUAGCAAGGAGUUCGUCAUUCAUUCGCCCACAUUGACCGCCAGCAAAUGGUGGAAUGGCACACUGGGGCGGACAGCCACACAUGCCGUCGUGGUCGCCCAGCUUAUGCUUCCGGUCAAGGACCAGGCGGGAAAGUACGAAUCGAAAGGACCACGGCCCUUCAUCGUUCAGAUCCGAGAGCCGAAGACACACAAGCCCUUCCCAUCGAUCAUCGUCGGCGAUAUCAAUGCCAAAUAUGGCUACGCUUCGAUGGACAAUGCCUACUGCCUCUUCCGACAUCAUCGCGUGCCACACUCCGCGCUCCUUUCCCGCUACGCCCAAGUUGAUCCGAACACUGGGGAAUACACGCGACCCAAGAGCGCUGCAUCAGUAUAUGGUCAGCUCACCCGAGGCCGCUCAGUGAUCGUCAUGAAUGCGCGUCUUGUGAUCGCACGCGCUGUCACAGUCGCUGUUCGUUACUUGUCAAUCCGGCGGCAGUUCUAUGAUAACGACGACAACGCAGGGUUGACAGCAACUCGCGCCGAAACGCCUGUCCUUGAUUACACAACCGUGCAAAUUCGUAUCUUGCCCCUACUGGCCACCUUCUUCGCGCUGCACUACUCCGGCACCGCCAUGCGAAAUCUGUACGAACGUGCUCGAGGUCAACUUGACAAAGGCCAGCCUGCUCAAGACUCCGAUGCAGCUGCAUUAGCAGAAUUGCAUUCCACAAGCGCCGGGCUGAAAUCUCUGGCGACCGACCUCGCAGCCAACAGCGUAGAGAUAUGCCGGCGAGCGAUGGGUGGGCAUGGCUUUGGCGGCGGUACUGGUUUGAUACAACUCAACAAUGACUACCUCAGCAAGCCAACCGUAGAGGGCGAUAAUUGGAUGAUCACGCAGCAAGUUGCCAGGUUUUUGAUCAAGACCGUGAAGGAGAUCGUUGCGGGAAAGAACGAUGGCAAGAGUGAGACAGAGAAGAAUUUGAAGAUGUUCCUCGACUCAAAAGCGCAGGGACGAGCCAAGCCCGAAUUCGACAUAAUGCAGGAAGGCGAGGAGGGCGAUCAGGCCAUCGUGAAUGCAUUUGCAUGGCGGGCAUCUUGGGCUGCACAUCAAGCGUAUGAAGCGAGAGAGGUGCAGAAGCGACCGUGGAACAGUCUGCUGAUAGAGUUGCACGGAUUGAGCAAAGGUGAGUUUCUCCAAGUUCUCUCAUUGCAUCUUCUUCACGCCGCAGCACAGACCAUGGCCGCAUUGACUGACCAAAAUGCUAAUGAAUCCCAUCGUACAGCAUAUUCCGAGUCGCUGCUUGUGUCAAACUUCCACGCUGCGCUCACAGCGCUCCCAUCGACAUCCUCACCACUACCAACGGCACUUCUACGAACACUCUACCGACUAUUUGCACUCACUACUCUCCAAGCUACGCCCCUUCCCUUCAUCCUCUCUUCCGCCAUCGAUCCAUCCACCCUCAACACCCUUCCCCAGAUAAUAGUCGCCCUCAUGGCCGAGAUCCGACCGCACGCCGUCCGCCUAGUAGACUCACUGGCGAUCCCGGACUUCCUGCUAGACUCAGCGUUGGGACGCAGCGAUGGAAGGGUCUACGAGGAUCUGUGGUACCGAGCACACGUGGUCAAUCCCCUCAAUGACCUAACGGUGAACCCGUGGUACUGGGAGAGUGAGCUGGUGAAGGAGGAUGCUGGGCGGGGUAAGAGAAGGAUAGGCUUCGAAGAUGUAAAGGCAAAGCUGUGA